GCUUCCAAAGAUGGCGACGACAGGGACGAUGCACCUUCACCGCAUCUCUGCGUCUUUGGCCGUUUUUCUCGCAUUAUUUAGCAUAUUGAACAAGGCAAAUGGCGAUGAGCAGGUGCCACUUAUUCUGUGGACAAGCGAAGGAGUCUCUGCUCCGACUCAGACUCCUCCUUCAGCCGGUCACAUCGUGGAGCAGCAUCAGCUCUCCUCUUACCUGGAGAAAGCUCUGACUGAAGGCCCAAAAAAUGUUGUGCUGUUCCUCCAGGACAAGAUGAGCAUCGAAGACUUCACCAUGUAUGGAGGAGCUUUUGGAAACAAGCAGGACAGCGUUUACCCCAACCUUGAGGGCGCUCUGAUGUCCUCAUCGUCCCCACUGGUCCUGCCUGCUGUGUCCUGGCCUGCCUCCAACACUGUGAUUGGUCAGCUGCAGGACCAACUAGAAACGUCCCCUCUGUACAUGGACCCCGAGACUCUGAGUCAGCUGAGACUGAACGCCUCCUCUCCUGCCCUGUUGGUGUUCAGGCUGCCGUACGGGACGGGAGCUGAUCUGAUGUCAGCUAAAGACAUUCUCAGUGGGAAUGAUGAGGUGAUUGGUCAAGUGAUAAGCACCAUGAAGAGUCAGUCUGUCCCAUACACGGCUAUUUACACAGCACUGCGGCCUUCCAGGGAGGCAGCGUCCCUCUCCAUGGAGGCAGGAUUGGGUGGAGGUCGUUCUCUGCUGCAGUACAGAGGAGGAUGGAGGGAAAGGGAGAGAGAGAGGGAGAGGCAGCGCAAGAUCAACGAGAGGGCCCGGAUCUACGGACCCGUGGAGUUCAAGGAGGGGGAGGAAACCUGCAUCCUCAUGUGGGCCAAAAGUCUGUCAGUAAAGAUUCUUCGAAAAGGAAGCUGGGAAGAACAUGACCUGACCCCAUCUACCUUCGGAGAGGGAGCCAGCCCCAAACUCCAUGGCUCGACCUGCAGCAAAAGCAAAGCCAGGCUCGUUCUGAACUAUGAGGAUGUCCUCGGCCACAAGAGCUUCAAACUGAUUUUUGUGAUGAGCCAGCGACACUACAGGGUGUCUGCGCGCCGCUGGUUCACCAUGGACGCUGUGGAGCUGGAGUACGACGGGACCAAAGCCACAUUUAAUGGCAGCAGAAACAUUUAUGCCCCUGCUGAGUACUCGUACCGCUGCGAGUCGGUCACCAGCUUCCGUUGGCCCCUUCUAGUCCCAUUCACAUCCAAAGAUCCGGCCAAUCAGUGGAGGGUCUCCUUUGAGGACUUUCAGAUCCAAGGCUUCAACGUGAGCGGCAGCGAGUUCUCAUAUGCCAGCGACUGCGCCGGCUUUUUCUCUCCAGGUAUCUGGAUGGGUCUGAUGACCAGCCUCCUCAUGGUUCUGGUGCUCACUUACGGCCUGCACAUGAUCAUGCAGCUCCACACCAUGGACCGCUUCGACGACCCCAAGGGCCCCGCCAUCUCUGUGCCCCAAACAGAGUAAACACACCUGCAGUUUCAUCUUCAUCUUCACAUCAUUCCUACUAUCUUACUGCUCAAUGCUUCCUCUUCCUCCCCUUACAUCCCUCCUGUUCAUCUGUAGUGUCAGCAUUUUACAGAGUAAUAAGUGAUGUGUUCAGAGUCAGGGUUUAGUCAUCACUGCGUGUGUCUGUUCAUAAAUAUCAAUCCUGAGACAGAGCACACUAGCCUAGAAGUAUUAUAUGUGGUCAUUUAUGACUAUGUGAUCUCUAGAAACAGCUCAUUUUCAUUCUGAUGAUUAAAAGAAGUUACAAAAGGACCAAUUAUAAAGCCAACAUACAAGAGGCAUGUGUUGGAAUUGACUUUUCAGGCUAAUCUGUCGAUAUAAGGUUAAAGAUUGUACAUAAAGGGACUAAAGUUACUAUGAAUAUUGAAAUGCUAUUUAUUGAUGGAACUUUUUGUGUGUUUACAUUUGUGUUUGUUGUGAAAUGUAGCUGUUGAAUGAAGAAUGAUAGAUUUAUCAUAUCACUCCAGAAAGGGACAUAUGCAAAUCAUAAAGGACCACUAAGUUAAAGAGCAUUAAAAUUCAGACAGUCGUUUGUGGAUUAUCUUUGUGAUUGAUUCAUUAAAAUGUAAAAUUUAGGAGCUUUUUAUUUUGGAUUUGUGUUUGUUUUAUUGUCAGAAUUUUAAAUACUGCAUUUAUUACAAGCCAGACUUUUACAACUGACGUGCACUAAAAAAGGCUCAAUGUGAAACUAUUUAUUUUGGUUUAUUUAUUUCAUGUUUUUGAUUGUAGUGAAUAUCAAAUGUGAGGUCCUGAUGAUGGUCCUGUGUCGUGCAGCUGCUGUGACUCCAAUAAAAUAUCUGUGAAAAACAGUUUUUCCUUCAGA